AUGGCCGAAGCCGCCCGCCAAAAGGCACUGGAGUCGCUGAAAAAGCUCCUUCAAUCUGGUGACUUCUCCGAUCUUGUCGUUACUUGCGGAGAAGAUGAGUACAAGGUGCACAAGGCUAUUGUCUGCCCUCGUUCGACCUUCUUCGCCAGCGCUGUGCAGUUCUCUGGCAAGGAAGCUCAAGAAGGAAAGAUAAACCUUCCCGAAGACGAACCGGAGACCAUUAAGCUGUUGAUGCAAUACCUCUACGAGGGCGUGUAUGGUCCGCCAAUCAAGGAGCCGAACGCUACCACCAAGGACUACUUUCCCCAUACGUGCGAAUGGGUGAAUUCCGGGGGAUUCUACUGGUGCAACCAACCCCUUUGUCCUCAUCACGAUUGCGGGGAUGGAAAAUGCUCCUAUAAAUGCGCCGCAUUCAUCUGCCGAGAGUGUGUCCCUCUGCCGGAAAUGGGCCUUCUGACGCAUUCCAAAUUGUACAAAAUGGGGGACAAAUACGCUCAUCACGCCUUUACAUCCACACCGGAACAUGACAAAGGGCUUCGCGAUAUCGUGUCCAGGACCAUCUCUUCGCACCGCUCCUUGAUGAAGAAGCCAGAAAUUGAAGCCUUGAUGCUGGAACUUAACGGUCUUGCGUCCGGACUCUUGAAGCACUUCCUUGAAGAAAACGAAGACAAUGAGACCGCGGUGAAAGAUGGUCAAGGAAAACGGCAGAAACGUAGGGGAUAA